GCCCACGUGUGUUGGAUGGUUGUCUCUUUCUUUCUUGGCCGUCUUCAGCUAGUAGGCUGCGGAAUACGUGUGUCGCAGAGUGUGGCCUGACGCACGAGAGUUGCUUGGGCUGCAAUUGACUUCGACUGGCCCGAGGCGCUCGUCCCACCUGAUCCUGUCGCACUCUCUUUGACUUACUCGGAUAUUCUCUUCUUCUCUUUCCUGUUAUAGUUUUAUCUUUAUUGUUUUCUGAACUGCAGCUUAUCAUAAUUAUACACUGUAUGAGUUCCUCGUUUUUUGAACGCCAGCUCAUCUGUUGACCUCCACGUUCCCGAGCCUCUAAGAUUCCCGCAAGCUACUCCGCGAGUUGGGGAAUCGACAGUGAAAACCAAUUGUCCCACCUCUGACAUCUACAUUCUGGGAUUGCGAUGGCAAUAGCGUUCCACUCGGGAAGUUUAACGGAUUCUGGAAACACCGCAAGUGUCGUCCUAAAAGGUGCCUGGCCACCGGAAAUGGAGGUCGUUGAGAAGUCCGGCGGCAAAUCGAACACCAGAUUACCCACGAAGGAAAACACCCUAGAUCAAACCGUCUCGUCUACUCCUCCUCGUCGUAAGCGCUUGCUCUUGUCCACGGAAAGCGCCUUUGUCGACCAUGUCAUCCCGUCACUCGUUGCGAACCCCGACGUCGAGCUCCGGCUGAUCACAGACGAACCGUCCGCCCUCCUUUCGGGGAUCAACAAAGUCCCACAUUACUCGGAUACAGUGGAUAGUCGGAAGUUUGAGAAAAAGACGGGGGCGCGAAAGUGGCUGAAGGCCAAGGCGGCGGAGCUGUGCGAAUGGGCCGACAUGUUGCUGGUCGCCCCGGUCGAUGCAGGCACUUUGGGGUCGAUGCUGUCGGGUUUGACCAACACCCUGACGCUGGCGCUGCUUCGUGGGUGGAUGUCGCCCAAACCAGUGGUGCUGAUUCCUGGCAUGACGGUCUCGGAGUGGCAUCAUCCGUUGACUGAGAGGCAGCUUGGGGAGGUCCGCCAGUAUUGGCCGUGGAUUAGCGUUGUCGCGCCUGUUUUGUGGAAAUUUCAAAAUCUCGAGGAGCUAGUUCAGUUACCCUGGAAUGGAUUGGAGGAGCUUCACCACACUCUUGAACGAACCUUGGGGCUAUCCUUCGCGCAACCCGCCUCGCUCCCGGACGCCUCCACCAAGGAGGCGGUCCCGGCUGAGAAGCAGUCUUUGCACAAUGUCGCGACGAUCACGCGGAAUCGGAUGUAUCUGUCGGACAUGAUGCGAGGCGGGUCCCGGGCGUUGCCGAUGGAACUUUGGUUGAACAUUUUUGAGGAACAAUUACACGAUUGGGAAAUCGCGAAAGCGGUUGGGAUCCCGGCGAAUCUACCGGUGCCCAAGGAGUGGCAGAGCCACUUGUUAAAGAUGUCGACCCCUGCGUCCUUGGAGUAUACCAUCUUACGGGGGUCGUUCGCCGCAAUCAAGAAGCGCAUCGAUAGUCUGCCCCGGUGGAAACCACUCUCCGACCUCUCAUGCCACCUCGUCUUCAAAUUCUCGCGAACCGACAUCCUGUCUUAUCUCACGGAACACCACCUCGACCUUCUCUGGACCACCUCUCGCCUCACGAACAUCCCCUAUCGUGCCUCCGCCAUAUACGGCAACCCCAAUAUCCUGACCUGGUGGCGCGACGCUCCCGCACUCCCUACCAAAGACUACAUCGCCGAUGCCAUGGACGGAGCGUCGCGUGCCGGCUUUGUCAACGUCCUCGAGUGGUGGCGCACCUCCGGUCUCGAGCUCCGGUAUACGGAACGUGCCCUAGAAGCCGCCAGCGCGGAAGGCCGCAUCGCCGUUCUAGACUGGUGGAAAAAGGCCUCCGCCAACGCGCCAGCAAGCAAUCCCAUCCCACUCAAGGUGGGCAAAUCCGUCCUCCUCGCAGCGCAAUCCGGCCGCGCGUCCUCGCUCGCCUGGUGGGACGCAUCGGGCAUCCCAUACAGCCACGCCGAGUCCGUCGCGCGCAUCGCCAGCACGCACGGCCACGUCCACGUCCUCGAGUUCUGGCACCAGCUCAAGGGCGCCAAGAUGAUCUUCGACUGCCAGGUGCUGGUGGGCCCCACCAAGAACGGCCACGACAACGUCCUCGAAUGGUGGCGACGGAGCGGGCUCCGCGUGGAGUUCAAGACCUGUGACAUCGAGGAGGCCCUCGAGGACGCGGACCCGGUUUCGGGCGCCGAGGAACGUGUGCGCCGGUGGUGGGCGCGUAAUGGCCUUAAUCUGGGCGUGGGGACGAGCGAGUGGAUGAAAACGAAGGUUUUAUAAUACGUUCUCCUUGCCUUUCUUCAUUUUCCCUUCUCUUCCUCUGCAUAUCCUUUGGAUUCACUUUCGGGUUCUCUCCUCCUUUCGGUAACAUGCAUGGACCAUCGUCCACUCCACUAUAUUCAUAAUACCCCUGUCUGUGACCUUCUUCUACUUCUACUUCUCUCCAUUUAGUUUUCGUCUUCAUUUUUGCCUUCCUCUCUUUCUCUCCUCUUCUUUUUCUUCUUUAUACGCUCGGCAUGGAUAAACAAAUUGCACAGGGAAGGAAAUACGCACGGGGUACAGGAGUCUUAAGCCUCGUCUUUGCAUGCAGGUGUACGGUACGGCCUUUUCUGGGGGAAAUGAAUUAUGUUUAUGUUUAUGCUUAUACUUAUGUUUAUGCUCAUGUCUGAUGAUUGACUUUCUGUUCGAUCAAGUUGUGGAUAGAUUCGCU